ACGAGGUCUGAAGAAGAAACUCAGCAGCAGGUUAGGUAAGCAGAGUCAUCACUACGAGUAGAGCUGCACAACAGGCUCUAUUGUCAACUUUCGCCCGAAGAAGCCAUCUCCGCGUUGUGCCCCUUUUGAUACAUUGUAACGAUUCACUUCAUUCCACGCAUACAGAUCUCAUCUCAACACUGCGCAUUACAUAAUUCUACAGCAAAAAUGACAGAGACGAGAAACCCCAACAACCAACAAAACGGAGAUGCCGUGAUGCCAGAAACGUCGACGAGGGAUGAUGUUUUUGAUGAUAGUUAUAAAGCAAAAGAGGGCCCUAAACCGCCGAUGAGACUGGUGUGGAGAAACAUCAUAUUAAUGUUUUUGUUACAUAUUGGAGCGUGUUAUGGACUGAUGCUCGUGCCCUCCGCGUCGGCCCUAACUCUGGCUUGGACUGCUUUGUGCUUCUUGAUCAGUGCCCUUGGUAUAACCGCGGGGGCGCACCGCCUCUGGAGUCACAAGUCCUACAAGGCUUCCACCCCACUCCGAGUCUUUCUGGCCCUCGCUAACUCCAUGGCCUUUCAGAAUGACAUCUAUGAGUGGGCGAGGGACCACCGGGUUCACCACAAGUACUCUGAGACGGAUGCCGACCCCCACAAUGCAGUGCGGGGCUUUUUCUUCGCUCACAUUGGUUGGCUGCUUGUACGCAAGCACCCUGAAGUCAUCGAGAAGGGCAAGAAGCUGGAGCUGACGGACCUGAAGGCAGAUAAAGUCGUCAUGUUCCAGAGAAAGUACUACAAGCUGUCUGUGGUCCUGCUGUGUUUCCUGGUGCCCAUGUGGGUGCCCUGGUACCUGUGGGGUGAGUCCCUGUGGGUGGGCUACUUCAUCCCGGGCCUCAUGAGGUACGCCCUGGUGCUGAAUGCUACCUGGCUGGUCAACUCUGCCGCUCACAUGUGGGGCAACCGACCCUACGACCGCAACAUCAACCCCAGUGAGAACCGUUUCGUGGCCUUCAGCGCCAUCGGCGAGGGCUUCCACAACUACCACCACACCUUCCCCUUUGACUACGCCACCAGUGAGUUCGGCAUUAAAAUGAACAUCACCACCGCCUUCAUAGACCUCAUGUGCUUCCUGGGUCUGGCCAAGGACUGCAAGAGGGUGUCCCGCGAUCUUGUCUCAGCCCGCGCCCAGCGAACAGGUGACGGCAGCCACAAGACUGGCUGAGUAAUGUUGUCUCAACCGCCUCCAACUGUUACGGACUCGAUAAGACCGAUACCAGAUAUGAUGAAACAGGCAAAACCAACGAAAGAUGGAAAGAAUGUAUCUGUAGUAAAUUGCAGCGAUGAUGGAGUUAGUAGUGCUGCACGUAGUAGUGAUCAGAUCAUGGUUCAUUGAUGUCUCAUUUCUGUAUUAUGAGUUAACCUAUUCCUGAGUUCCUCAGACUAAUAUUGGCUUUAAAACGGUCCUAGACCUUUCAGUAAAUUGUGUAUUUUUUUAUUUGAUGUUUUUGAAAUGAAUGCUGUGUGAGGUUACUAGCCAAAGCGAGCUUAUUUAGUGGAAAGACUGGGCAUUUUGGCACGGACACUCGAAGAGUCUUGAUUAGAGAGUCAUGUUAUCUGUGGAAUAACCUGAAUAUGUGUGUGUGGCGGAGAUAGACGGGUGUAAUGUGUGACACCAUUACACCAACCAAACUACCCGCCUGUGCCAUCUGUGCACCAACAAUGAAGAUGGGAGAACAUUAACCUCUAAUUUAUUCAUGUGCUAUUAUUAAUUAACCCUCUGUGGCACUUUUGAAAUUGUUAAGGCGAAGCAGGCAAGUUUUGUUUUGAUCAUGUCGUUUGGUUCAAUUCGGACAAAAAUGAAUCUCUUCGAUAUGUCAGGAUCUGUCAAUCAGUCGCGCUUUGCUGACAUUCAUUUCAUAAGAGUCUAAAUCCUGGGAGAAGUCCAGCUUUUGUCAAGUUCAAGAUAAAAUUCACGUUAUUUACAUUUUAUUUGUUUUUAUUUUACCAAGCCACCCAACUUCAGUCUCAUUUGACCAUAAGCUGCUGUUGAAACAGCCCUACCUACUUCAUAGUCAACGUACUGUUUAGCUUUCAUUAAAUACCAGACCAUAUUCCAUAUAGGCUGGCGUAGAAGUUCAGUUCUGCCGUGGCAUUACCCAUGAAAGCACCAGUGGUCUCCUCCUGUCCAAGUUGCUCUUAACAGGAGUCUUUCCUCCUUGUAGAAGAGGAUGAAGGAAGUUCUCCAAGUCUCAAAUGGCACCCUAUUCCCUAUAUAGUACACAACUUUUGACCUGGGCUCUGAUCAAAGGUAGUGCACUAUAUAGGGAAUAGGGUGCCAUUUGGGACGUACAUAAGGUCUCUGGGUCAUUUGUAUAUAACACGAUUUAUACCUCUGGUGUGGGCGAUGGUGCCUAUGACUUCAGUUGGAUGGUCAAACAGAAGCCUGGUUGGUGUUAUUUUUUUUCAUCCUGCUUCACAGACACACCUCUGCACUGAAAUGUAGUUAAAUAACAUACUGAUCAGUCUUUAUUAUACAAAGAAAUACUUUGUAUUUAUUUUUUACUCAUACUGCAGUUGAAUAUGGACCUCGGUCUCCCUUCUCCAAUAGGACAAGGUGGAAGAAAGAGGCUUUGAGAGCAUUUGCGUACGUGUCGUCUCGAUAUCUUGAAGAAAAAUAUUUUGUCAGGACUCGCCCGAGAUGCCUUAUGGAAGUAAUGUUAUGUACUUUGCUUGUAGACAUGGACAUGUCUAGAAAAAGAUGGAUGCAACACAGGGGAGGGAAAGAAAGCGCCAACAAUUGAUGCCCAACCAAAUUAACACUCUAGGAGUGAGUGGGAAAACUAUAGGAAUUCCACUUUCUAGGAAUGAGAUAUUUGCUUUGGUACCGUGGUUGUUAUUUAAUGACUCUUAAUAUAUAUAUAUUACUUGAAAGAAUAUCCCAAGAUGCAAAGCACAUGGUCUUAAAUAAGUUCUAUAUGUUAAUCUAUCUCUCUCAUGUACAGUACGUGUGUCUGUAUGAGAGAGAGUAACGGAUAGCACUUAUUUAAGACCAUGUGCUUUGCAUCUUGGGAUAUUCUUUCAAGUAUCAGAUUCCGAUGAGUAAUUAAGAAUCCAUUUUUGCAUAAUAGUUCAACGAAUGUUUUGGCUCUGAAGAAACAAGAUUCCAGAUUAGUUAUUGUAAUAUUUGUCACAAUUUGGUCUACUUUUUCAGUGCAAUUAUUUUGUACAGUGUUAACUUCUUGAAGUCUGAAUGCCUUAAAAAAAACUGCCGCAUUUCUUUCAUGGAAUGUUUUACCCACUGUAUGUACCGUAAAUAAACCAAAUUUUCUACAUGUUGGAAAGUAUGUUCUGCUGUCAGUUGUGUUGUAAUCCUUCCGUUCCUAAUUGAAUAAAAGACAAGUCGUUGUCUUAGCAGUUA